CAUUUGUACUUGCAAUGUUUGCUGAUAAAAUAUUUGCUCGUAAGUAUUAUAAUGUAAUAAUUUAUUAUCAAUAUUAACAUAUCAAGUAUAAAAUUGAAUUCGUGAUGAAUUUCAAUUCAUGAUCCAUGCAAUUAAAAUCGUGAAUAUUUUAGUUCAAUCUGGGAUUCAUGAAGAUUUAUUUGUGAAUAUGGGAAGUUUCAAUUUUCACACCUUUUGUAAGUAUGUUAACAUUUAAAGUACUUUAAAAACAUGUUUGAUAUUUUGAAACAUUUUAACUUGUCCUAAAGUACAUUAUAAAUUUACUUUUAUAGGCAUGAUUUACGAUUUGUUCUUCUAAUUGCAAAGAAGUUAAUAGAGUUUAUGAAUUAAACGCGAGUGUGUUUUCAUUUUUGACCGUAUCAAUCCGAUUAAGUUUGCGUAUAAAAAUAACCCUUAAAAGGGAGUCGCUGGUGCAUAUCGCAACUAUUCAAAUCACAACAUUGAAAGAGGAAGUUUAGAACCUGUUUAUUUGGUAGUGAUUAAUCAGAUUUUUAUAAGUUUUGCUUAAAUGAAUCCGGAAUAAUGUUGCCGAAGGAAACGUCAGCAUUUAUACUAGUGUUGUUUGUGGAUAUGGUAUUUACUGAAUGUUCUGUUGGCUGCCAAUCAUGCUCCGGUUCAAUUUGCACAAGUUGUGAAUCAUCAUACUUUUUAACAAAUGGCCUCUGUUCACCAUGUCCCGAAAAUUGUGAAAGCUGUAAUAGCUAUGACGACUGUACUUUAUGUAAGCCAAACAAAUUUGGUUUACACGUUAGAUGUACUUUCACCUGUGAAGGUAAUUGUCUAAACAGUGAAUGUCAAGAUGAUACUGGAGAUUGUACUCAAUGUAAGACUGGUUUCUAUGGGUUUGUUUGUCAACACAAUUGUAGUUUAUGUGAAAAUGAACGUUGUGAUUUACGCACCUGCUUAAAUGGUUGUAAAGCUGGCUAUUAUGAGUUUAAAUACGGUGCCGAAACAUUAUGUCAAACUUGUCCGCCAGAUUGUAAACAUUGUACGAAUGGAAAAACAUGUUUUAGUUGCAAUGAUGGUUUCUACCUCUUUAAGUUUAAUGACAAUGUUCACUGUUUGUCAUGUUUCCAAGAAAACCAAUGUCCGGACUGUUUUAUUCAAGGUUGUAACCAAUGUCAAAUACGCAAUAAUUCCUUAGUAUGUGCUGAUUGUCCAGAAGGACAAAUAUUCAAUGGUCAAUCAUGCGGAUCACUCACAUCAUUGUGCGUAAAAGAAUGUUCUACGUAUUGUGAUGAUGGUACUGGAAUAUGUCAGGGAGAAUGCAAUGAGGGCUGGACUGGUGAAAAAUGUUCAGAACCAUGUAACAGCAAGUGUUUAAAGUGCUCAAAAGAUAACAGAAAUAGUUGUCUACUGUGUGUUGGUAAUUUUUACUCAACCGAUUGCAGUUUAGCUGGCGACCCCGCGGCCAUGCAUAUGGAAACGGUAGUCAAACAUUGA